AUGAAAUUUGUCUUCUUCUGCAUUCUUUCAACCCUGCUUGGCACCUUUGCCCAUAAUCCAAAUCACAUAGCUGGACCCACUCCCCCCUAUUUGGUCUACCUCAAGUCAGAUUACCUGCCCUGCACUGGAGUCCUGAUCCAUCCUCUUUGGGUGAUCACAGCUGCACACUGCAAUUUACCGAAUCUUCGGGUGAUUCUUGGGAUCACAAACCCCACAGAUGCUACUGAAAGGAAUGUACAAGUGGUUGGCUACGAAAAAAUGGUCCACCAUCCCUACUUCUCAGUCUCUUCUAUUGUGUAUGACCUUAUGUUAAUCAAACUGACAAGACCGAUUAAGACCAGUAACUAUGUGAAAAUGGCCAAACUGCCUCAACACAUCGUGCCUGUGAAUACUAUGUGCUCUGUCUCCACCUGGGCCUACAAUCUAUGUGACCUCAGCAAGGACCCUGACUCACUGCAGACUGUGAAUAUCUCUGUAAUCUCCAAGGCUGACUGUCAAAGUGGCUAUAAAGCUUAUGACAUAAAAGAAAACAUGAUCUGUGUGGGCAUCGUGGCAGGACGAAGGCUGCCGUGCAAGGAAGUCUCAGCUGCCCCAGCAGUCUGCAAUGAUGUGCUUUAUGGAAUCCUGACUUAUGCAGACGGCUGUGUUUUGAGAGCUGAUGUUGGCAUCUAUGCUAGCAUCUUUCAUUACAUGCCUUGGAUUCAAGAUACCAUAAAAAAUAACUGA